AUGGACUAUAUAAUAAAAAAAUGCAGUAAAAGUCUCAUUAAGUACAUCAAUAAACAUUGUGACUACGAGAUAUCAAUGUUGUCCAAGUUACCAUCAAUCGUUAUUGCCUUUCUUGGUAUCAGUCUAUUUCUACAUGGUUUUUUAUUGAAUCGAACUGAGCUCUACAAUGAGACAAAUGAAAAAUUGAAAUUAUCAUUGAAUUAUCCUUCAACUGUUGCUAGAAAUGGUCGAAUUAUUCUUUUACUUGUUGAUGCAUUGGGUUAUGCACUUAUACAAGACAAUAAUGAAAAUAACCAAUUAUUACCUGGUCAUAUUUCAUCACAUUCCCAAAAUCGAUAUCAUCCACUACUUGAUAGUUUAUCUAAAGCGGUAUUUAUUGGGAAGUUUGUCGCAGACCCGCCGACAACCACGUUACAACGUUUAAAAGCUCUAAUGACAGGAAGUAUGCCAACAUUUGUAGAUGCAGGUUCAAAUUUUGGCGGAAGUAAAGUACUGGAAGAUAAUUUACUAAAACAGUGGAAUAAAGCUGGAAAACAAAUUCGAUUUGUUGGCGAUGAAACUUGGAUUGAUCUAUUUCCCGAUAGUUUCAGUCAUUAUAAAGCUUAUUCAUCGUUCAAUGUGAAGGAUUUGGAUACAGUUGACCGAGGUGUUGAAAACUACUUUCUCUAUGCCCUUAACGGUACUGCAUGGGAUUGGGAUAAUGGAGUUGUUGACAGUCAAACACCACAGACUGACUGGGAUAUUCUUAUUGGACAUAUGCUGGGGAUAGAUCACUGUGGUCACACAUAUGGACCUGCACAUCCAGAGAUGACGCGAAAGCUAAAUGAACUAAACAGUUUUAUAAAACUUAUUGUUUCCAAACUUCAAUCUUCCGAUAUUCUAUUUAUUUUGGGUGACCAUGGAAUGACACGAUCAGGUGAUCAUGGUGGAGAUAGUGAUGCAGAACUGGAAGCUGCUUUCAUCGUUUUUACUGCUGAUCAGAGUUCACUUGUCAUAAAAGAUGAUUCAGAGGACCAAACUAAUAGACGAUUAUAUCAAAUAGAUCUUGUCCCAACUUUAUCACUUCUAACUAAUGUUCCAAUACCCUAUUCGAAUUUGGGCAUACUAUAUGACCAUCUGCUAGGAUAUGGUGCUAACCUUCACCAGGGUAUGGUAUUGAAUUUUAUACAGAUGUUCACUUAUACUGCAAAUUAUUUUUAUAAUAUAAGCAAAUUACCAUUAUCUCCUAUACUUAUGUCUUAUAUGAAUCGUAUUAUAUUCAAUUCAACUUAUGAUUGGAUAGAACAGUUCAAUGAUAUACAAUUAAUAAAUAUACUUAAAGAAUUACAAUUCAUAUUUCGUAUACAUUGGACUCAAUUCAAUGAUUCAUUGAUAUUCUUUGGUAUCCUUUUAACAUGUUACAGUUUGAUUACUCUUUUAUUAUUGAUUGAAAAGAUUUCCAAUACUCCCAUGAUACAUAUCCAUAAUGGUUUCUUAUUGUUUACAUGUAUUUUAUCGUUUUUUUCAUGUAUAAAUAUAUACUACUUAAAUCUUUUAUUAUUCAUCCUAGUCUUAUAUGUUAUCAUUAAACAUUAUAAGUUUUCAAAGUUGAUAUUCAAUGGUAACUCUAUCGGUUUUUUGUUACUAUUCUUAUUGUCUUUAAGUUAUUUAUCAAAUAGUAUGAUUAUCUAUGAAUUUCAUAUCACUUUCUAUUUCAUUCAAAGUUUAAUUGUUAUAUCUCUAUUUUGUUCAUUCAUUCAUAUCAUGGAUCAUACUGAUAUUAUGACAUGGUAUAACUUUAAAUUUUUACGAAGAUUAUGGUCUUUUCCUUGUCUUCCAUUUAUGAUGAUACUUUAUCCAGGUAUAUUGUUAUUAUUUCGUUUAUUGAUUAGACAUUUUCUAAUUUGUCGUGAAGAAUUAAACUAUAGUUCUAUAUGUCGAUCUAUACUUGAUCCAUGGAUUAGUAAAUCUUUGAAUAAAUUAAAUCCUAUUCAUGAAUUUCAUCCAAUUAGUUGGAUACGUGUAACGUUUGCUUGUUUCAUGUUAAUCAUUUGUUUACGUAUGUAUUGGCGGUUGUUGUUUGAAUAUCUAAAUAUAUAUAUUGGUGUUAAUCAAUCGAAUAAAGUUGCUUGGAGGAAAUUAUGUUUAUUUAUAUUAAUUGGUAGUUUAUUGUCUUUAUUAUGGAUGGUAGAUUCUGCGGAAUCAACGAAUUGGAUUGGAUUCAUUCCAAAACAUAAAUUGCAUACAGUUCGGAUUUGGAUUGCUCGCAUUUUCUUGAUGACUAUAUUCUACAUAUUUUUUCAACUUUUGAAAUCUCCAUUUCAACUUAUUCAACAGAUAAAUUUUAUAAAAUCUAUGCAGUCAAAUGAUUGUAAUCAAUCCAUUCAAAGAAGUGUUCUCUAUCUGUAUACUUUAUGGACAAUGACCUGUUUAACAGUUUUACCAUUACUUUCUCUACUUGUUUUCCUAAAUGAAUUCCAUAUAAUUUGGUUAGUUUUCAUGAUUAUAUUCGUUCAAAUACGUAUACAUGCAACUACUGCAAAAUGUAAUCAUAUGGAUAAAUGUAUUAAAAAUUCAAUACAGCUUCAUGUACCUCAGAACUGCGUCUCAUGGAUUAUUGCAAUAUUUCUUUGCUUGUUAGAUAACUUAUCUUUUUUUAUAACUGGUCAUCAACCAACAUUAUCUGGAAUUCCAUGGGAUGCCGCUUAUGCUACAUAUGAAGGUGACCAUAAUACACGAUGGUUACCAGGAUUGACUGUUCUCUUGCAUUUAUAUUCAGGUCCUAUAUUAAUUGCUUUCAGUAUACCAACGAUUCUCAUUUUUUCUGCACGCCUUCAUCAUGUCCAUGGGACGGUGAUCCAUUCCCAUCCUAACAAUAGCCGAAAUACUGGUUUUUACAGAUUUGUUGAUGCUUUGGAUUUAUUCAUUUGGAGAUUUAUUAUUAGUAAAAGUGUGUUAACUUUAGGUUGUAUGCUAAGUACUGGUUUAUUACGUCGUCAUUUAAUGGUAUGGAAGAUAUUUGCACCACGUUUAUUAUUCUCUAUUUUAAGUUUAUUUAUAUCAGUUGUUUGUCUUCCAAUGAUUCGUUUUUUAUUUGUCUAUUGUUUUCAUCAUAGAAUUUGUAACAUUUUACAAAGUAAAUUUAAUAUAAAUAUGUGUGUAUAG